CGCUCCGACACAAACAUCCCUGAACAGGAGACCGCUCCGCUGGGCUCCGCUCGUUGUGCCGCCGCGGCUCCAGAUGAAAGUGACUCGUGUGGCUCCGCGCGUCCAUGUAAAUACUUGUUAAUGAAAGCACGUUGGGCCCCGUAGCUCCCCGCCCCCACGCCUCCCUCCUCCCGGCUGUGAUCAUGUGAUGGUGAAGAAGUGGCCCAUUGAUGAAGCACCUCUCCGGGGGUCUUUCUGUUCAUGUCACCGCCGUCAGCCGGCAGACGGGACAGACCGGACAGGACAUGGAGGAGGCAGCAGCCGCUUAGCGCAGCUCAGCAGCGGGGCAGGUGGAAGAGGGGACUCUCCUCCAACCCAAAUAAGGACCAGAGGCUUCCUUUUCUUCCACUUUUACUCAACUUUAAGACGGAGUUACAGCUCCGGACGAGUGCGUAAACGAAGGGACAAUGCGUGCCGAAGAUAACCGUCUUCGUGCGUAACGGUGUUUUCAGUAGUAAGGACUGUUUGGACAAAGUUUGCGAGUCUUAUCUGCUCUCUGAAGACGGUUGCUCGACUCAGACGAACAAUGCCUCGCCCCGGGAGGAAUACCUACAGCGACCAAAAGCCUCCGUACUCUUACAUUUCCCUAACGGCCAUGGCUAUCCAGAGCUGCCCGGAGAAGAUGCUCCCUCUCAGUGACAUUUACAAGUUCAUCAUGGACCGGUUCCCGUACUACCGGGAGAACACGCAGCGGUGGCAGAACUCCCUGCGGCACAACCUUUCCUUCAACGACUGCUUCAUCAAGAUCCCCCGCAGACCAGACCAGCCCGGGAAGGGCAGUUUUUGGGCUCUGCACCCGAGCUGCGGAGACAUGUUUGAGAACGGAAGUUUCUUGCGGCGCAGAAAGCGCUUUAAAGUGGGCGGAAUGUUGGUAUCGGACUCGCUGGCUCCCAGCAAGCCGCAGGACACCGCCCACUACCUGCAGCAACAGGCCAAGCUGCGGCUCAGCGCUUUGCACGCCGCCGCACACCUCCCGCAGGUGCCGGGUCAAUAUAACCUGAGUAGCGUCUCGCAGACCUCCAGCUUCAAGCACCCGUUUGCCAUCGAGAACAUCAUCGCCAGAGACUACAAGAUGCCGAGCGGGCUGUCGGCCUUCUCUACCGCUGGGUACCCGCUCCACAACCCGCUGACCCCGUCUUGGCAGCACAUGUACGGCUCCGGGAUAAUGGAAAGCGCAGCCCCCAUAUCGAUGGCCAGCGACUAUUCGGCCUACGGCAUGCCGCUGAAGUCCAUCUGUCACGCCGGACAGACUCUACCCGCCAUCCCGGUGCCCAUCAAACCCACGCCCGGAUCUAUGCCGGGCCUUCCGGGGAUGCCCACUCACCUGCCGGCUUUCCUGGCUAACUCUCCGCAGUCCCUCAGCCCCACCUCCCCCCAGACAGCCACGGGCCAAAGCAGCCCCGUAGUGCCCGGAGAGGAACCGUCGUCCUCUGCCUCCACGGUGCUACCGUCCGUGGUGUCUGUGCACUAACGGGAUGUAUUUAACUAUUAGAAAAUCUUUUUCUGAAAGUAACUUUUUUUUCACCACAAACUCGAGCCUGAAGACAUGAAGAAACUGGGUGACCUCUGUCUUCCAGCAGACAAAAGGAACAACCAACAGAUAUAUCGUUUUAUGCUGUGACAAACUAUCUGGACCUGUUGUGUUGGAAUCCUUUUCUUCUCGAGCUGAAAGAGAACUCUCAGAGAUUUGGUUUACAUCAGCUUCUCUAUGUUUCUUUCGCGUCAAAAACAACUUCCUCCUUGUGGAGAAAUAUAGAUGUUCAAUAAUUUGAGACUAUAAAUUAUAUAUUUAUGUCACAGGUUCUGCAUAUUUAAACAUCAAAGCACAAGCGGUUUCUGACUCACUUUUUAAAGACGUUGUUGUCAUGGUGUGUUUGUCCUGCUGCAUGCUCCCUCUGUCUGAACAGCUUCUGUGUGUGUAACGUGAUGUUUGUGGCUGAGGAACAGCUUUGAUGCACUUUGUCUGCUGCUCCAGAUGCAUUAAAGAAUCUUCGUGGGAAAAUACAUUGGAAGCAGUGGAGCGGCCUGUUAUUCGCACAAACACACACACACAAACAUACUAACACAUACACUCACACACAGAUCUGAGGUC